ACCUCCCUUUGGUCCAGAGAAGCACACUCAUGUGAGGGUGUCUUUCUGACCUGCAGCUGCCCCCUUCUCUGAAGUGACUCAGGUAUUUCCUCCUCCAGGAAGCUUUCCUGGACUAGUGGAGAAAACUGAGGACUCAUGCUCUGAUCCCUGUAUACCCACCAGCUUCCCUCUCUGUACUAAAAAUAGCCCCAGAGAAUGUUUUGUAUGUAUGUUCUGCUAUAAAGAUGUGCAGUCAGCUUGUCAUCGAAUAUCCUGGGAUCUUCUCCCCUCAGUCAGCAGCCAAGGUGCUUGUAGGAAAUUCAAAGAAACAGAAUUUAAGAAGUGCAACAUGGCCAGAGGCUGCCUCUGCUGCUUGAAGUACAUGAUGUUCCUCUUCAAUUUGAUAUUCUGGCUCUGUGGCUGUGGGCUGCUCGGAGUGGGCAUUUGGCUAUCUGUGUCCCAAGGCAACUUUGCCACCUUCUCCCCCAGCUUCCCCUCGCUGUCUGCAGCCAACCUUGUCAUCGCCAUAGGCACCAUUGUCAUGGUGACAGGCUUCCUCGGCUGCCUGGGGGCCAUCAAGGAAAACAAGUGCCUCCUUCUCAGUUUUUUCAUCGUCCUGUUGAUCAUCCUCCUAGCAGAGUUGAUCUUGCUCAUCCUCUUCUUUGUCUACAUGGACAAGGUAAAUGAGAACGCCAAGAAGGACCUGAAAGAAGGACUAUUGCUGUACAACACAGAGAACAACGUGGGGCUUAAGAACGCCUGGAACAUCAUCCAGGCUGAGAUGCGCUGCUGUGGCGUCACCGACUACACAGACUGGUACCCGGUGCUGGGGGAGAACACAGUGCCCGACCGCUGCUGCAUGGAGAACUCCCAGGGCUGUGGGCGCAACACCACCACCCCUCUGUGGAGAACGGGCUGCUAUGAAAAGGUGAAGACGUGGUUUGAUGACAAUAAGCAUGUGCUUGGCACAGUGGGGAUGUGCAUCCUUAUCAUGCAGAUUCUGGGCAUGGCCUUCUCCAUGACCCUCUUCCAGCACAUCCACCGGACUGGUAAAAAGUACGAUGCCUGAGCGGGCUGGCCGGGAGCACCCCAGCCCCCAUGCAGACACUGUGCCAGGGAAGAAGAUUUGAGCUUUGUGUUGCCUGCCCGCGCUCUCCAGACUGCUGACCCCUGUACCCGACUCCCCCCGCAGCCCACCCUCCCCCAGCCCACCCCGCCUCAGCCUUCUUGGUGGGUGGAGGGCCAGGGAGGAGGAGGCGUGGAGGAGGCACACAGAGACCUUGGGUGCUGGGGGCGCCUGGAUUCCUGCAUCUGUGUAUUUGCCAAAGAAGACAGGGUGGGCCGGGUUCAUGCUCCAGGAGCCCUCCAGCACUGAUGCGUUUCUGCCUCUGCCCUUCCUCACGCUGACACUUGGUCCCCAUGUGGGUGGGGUGCAGAGUGCUCCCUCCUGGUCGAGAGACUGUCCACAGAGCCACAGGUGCCCACCGCCAUCCAUGGGAAAGCUGGCGGGGGGGGGGGGGUCUGACUGCCUCUGGGCAAGGCCCCCAGGAGCAUCUUGCCCAGGCUUUUUAUACCUUACAGUGUAACUUUUUUAUUUUAUUUUACUCUGAUUCUGAUUAUUCAGGAAUAUUAUCUUCCAGAUAAGUUUAGGGUUAGCUUUCUGAUUUAUAACUUUUUACUGCGUUGAUUUCUGUAAUGGUUUGAUUUUUUUUUUUUUCCUGAGGGUGGGGGACAGGUGCGGGGAGAGAGGAUGUCCCGUCAGGUUUCAAUCAGGACAAACCACUGUGCAGCUCUCAGGAGUCCCCGGGGAGAUGCGCCAGGCCUGUGUUCAGGACGCACUGAGUGGGAGGGAGAGUGGGCCAGGGUGUGCGGGGCCCGCGUCGGUGGCAUAGGAGCCUGGAUGAGGCGUGUGCAACAGAAAGGCACAGAGCAGCGUGGAGGGGCACCCUGCCCGGGGGCCAUAGGUUUGCUGAUGCUGGCUCCAGCGGCCCGAACAGUUGGGGGUCCAUGGGGGGCCGGCAAAGUGCUUUGCCAGGAACGUGGCCAGGGCCGUUGUGGGUCCUUCUGCUUCACCGAUGAGCAGUCUUUUCUUUUUCCCGUCCUUCCUUCCUCCUGCCCUCUGCUGGCACCGGAGGCUCCCCCUUCCGCCCCAUGCGGGCAUAUUCCCGCGACAGGUUCUGCAAACCCCAGUUACUUUCACAGACAUUCCUGCUAGAAACUCUCGGACAAAUACCUCUCUAGUUCAGAUGCUGCUCACUUUCUCACAUUGCUUCUGGAAGGGGAAGCAUUCCUUACGUUUUGCUGCUCAGACGGUGGCAGAGGUCCCGUGACCAUCAGGAGGGGAAGGUGGAAGUAGUGCCCGUGAUCAUUCCAGCUGUACUCACUGGGCUGCACAUUCCCUGCCGCGAGGGAGGGGAAGAUGACCAGGGGGUCCUGGGACCCUCAUCCCCUUCCUCAGGGUUCAUUGAUGGUGGGGUGGUGGCAGGUCUGUCCUCCGUGGCCCCGAGGAGAAGCACAGGGAGGUCAGACUGGAUCUUGCUACAGCAGCCCCAGGGAGAAACAGCCAAGUCACCGUGUAGAAGCUGAACAGGCCGGGUGGGGUAUCUGACUGCAGCAGGGGGGCCCUCAGGCUUUAAGCUGGUCUGAGUGUGUUUGCAGUUAAAAAACUAAAGUCAAGAAUUCAUGGGACUGAGCUUGCAGAGGCUGUCCACUGGCCGGCUAGGAUCCAGUGCGCUUCCCCGACCCGGCCUCACGUGGGGCGGCUGCCUGUUCCCUGCACCGUUUGGCUCAAUACCUUGAUUUCUCACCAGGCCCACAUCUCCUCUCCAGCCUGCACUUGUCUGCUCCAAAAGCUGAGACCUGGCCACCCAGCCAGCAACUCCUGCACCCGCCAAAGUAAAAUCAGGGGGGACCAGAAGUAUGGAACUUUUGGUGUUCAGGAGUCACGAUUUUGGGGGAUGAGAAGUGGAGAGUAAGGUGGGCUCAAUGAGUCAGGCAAGGACCCCCCCCCCCCACAGCCCACCCCACGACAGAAGUGAAGGUGCCCAUGGCAAAGCUGGGAAGGUGGGUCCUUGGGGGGACAAAGGGGCCAGCACAUGCUGGAGCCAAACUGCCUUCCUGGGUCCUCUGGUGCCAUUUUCCUGGUGCGGGACUUCAGCUGCCUCCCUGGGGACUCCCAGCUGCAGAGCACAGAACAGACAUGCUACUGCGUCAUUGCGGAGACGCGCUCCGCCAACGCGCGCUGGAGUCACACAGAAGGGACUGGGUGUGUAAUGACCUUGGGGAGGAUGGGGCGGGCUUGUUCAUGCCUGUCAAUGCAAUUUCAGUUUUUGUUCAAAUCAGCAGCAAAAGCCCGACACCUUGCGGGGUGGGUGUGUGUAGCCUCCCUGGCAGUCUUAGUUUCUAGAGCUUCAGGGAUGUCCUCUGGCCCUGGAGCCUCUCCCGCGGUCCCCCUCUCCCCACCAGCGCCCCCUCACCUGUCCGUUCACGGAGGCUUGUCCACAGUCCCUCAGACCGCCUUCCUGCCUCACCCUGUGCUUGGCUGCUUAGGCAUUUGCUCGAGUCUCCUCUGGGGGAAGGCACGAGGGGUGGGGGUACUCUUCCAGACCCCUCGCCCUUCCUGCAGGGUGGAUCCCACACAUAGAAGGUCACGCCACAUGGUGUCUGUGGCAGCCCAGUGUCUUCUCUGUUUCUCCCGACUGUGCUCCCACUGGGGCAGCACUAACUCGAUGAGCAACCUCACGUGUGACUUCCCUCGCCAAAAUCAGCGUCAGUUUGGUCAGGUCUGAUGCAGUUUCCAGAUUCGACUUAGAAGGUCAAGUUCUGGAGACAGCUUCAAGGGGGUGCCAGCCGAGACUUGGCCUUUCCCUGCAGCCAUCUUGCAGAGGUGGUGAGCGAGCAGGGACUGAGAACCACCCUUGGGGGGCUGUGGCAGGUGUUGGGGGACAGUCUCCACCCUCAGACCCCCGCUGGAGCACUGUCACCCCCUCCCCCGCACCAGCAUGGGCCAGCACCUUGGGCUUUCAUUCCAGAAAGGUUGCUGCCCCACCCCAGACCCUCGCGCAGAUGUUCUGGUUUGACUUGGACCCGGUGGCCGUCGCUCCUUGCUUUGGUGGCCCCAAAGCAGUCCAGGUAGAUGGAAAUGGCUGUGCCCUCCUCUGCAGCCCCCUGCCCACCCACACUGGUGGAGGUGCUAACUAGCAGGGACCUGGUGUAGGAUGGGUGCCAGGUGCCUGAGUCCACCCUUUGUCCCUCCGCCCUUCUGCGACCGGCCUCU